AUGUCUGACCCACGAUUUGCAAAGGUCAAAACAGAUCCUCGCUUUCGAAAACCGAGAAAGCAAAAGAACAAGGUCGUCGUAGAUGAACGCUUCAAGAGCAUCUUUGACGACAAAAAGGGAGACAAGAAAGCUCCCGCACGCGUCGACAAAUACGGCCGAAAAGUCGCGCAGACCAAAGACCGUGACGACCUCCGCCGAUUCUACCGUCUCGAGGGCGAGGAGGAUGCCGCAGACGAACCCCCAAAGCCCGAUCUUGCGCGUGGAGCGGUCCUCAUGGAGUCUUCCUCGGAAGAGGACGACGAUGACGAAGCCAACAUAUCAGAAGCAGGCAGCGAAUACGGAGGCAUUGUCAAGCUCGGGCGCGACACCGACGACUCAGACGAAGAGGGCGAGGAAGCCGAGAUCGACCUCGACGAGUCCCAGUUCGCCGAUCUCGACGCACAGGCGACGGCGCUGUCCGGCGCCCAGACUGCUGCAGACGCAGAUGCGGACGACGACGAAGAAGCACCGCGCACGCGCCGCCUCGCCGUCGUGAACCUCGACUGGGACCACGUCCGCGCCGUGCACCUGUACAAAAUCUUCUCGUCCCUCGUCUCGCCUGCCGCUUCCGCUGCCGCCUCCACAUCGACCCACGCGGUCCAUCAGGACAGGCAGAAGCUGCUUAGAGGCCAGCCGUCGACGAUCGCGCGCGGGCGCGUGCUCAGCGUGCGCGUGUACCCGAGUUCGUUCGGCAAGGAGCGGCUGGAGAGGGAGGAGAGGGAGGGUCCGCCCGUUGAGCUGUUCAAGAAGAAGAAGAAGGAGCUGAGGGAGGAGGAUAUCGACGAGCGCACGAUCUUUGAAACGGGCGAUGCGGACGAGUACGAUGAGGAUGCGCUGAGGAAGUAUCAGCUUGAGCGACUUCGAUACUACUAUGCGGUCGCGGAGUGUGACACUGUCGAUGCUGCGUCGCAUAUCUACGACGAGCUGCAGGGCUCGGAGCUUGAGCGCUCAGCGAACGUCUUUGAUCUCAGCUUCGUCCCGGAUGGUAUGGAGUUCGACGAGGAAUGCAGAGACGAAGCAGUCGGCGAGCCAAACGGCACAUACAAAGCAGUCGAUUUCGUCACAGACGCGCUCCGAAACUCAAAAGUCAAGCUCACAUGGGACGACGACGACGCCGAGCGGAACCACUUCACGCGGCGCACGCUGACAAAGAAGGAGAUCGAAGAAGCCGACUUCCGCGCAUACAUCGCCUCCUCGUCCUCGUCUGGCUCCGAGGACGAAGCCAAACCUUCUGCCAACGCUGCCAACGCCAAUACCAAGGUCGCACCCAACGGCAACGGCAGUAAGCAAAAAUCGAAAUCGAAGUCGAAAUCGUCAGCGCGGGACAACCUCCGCGCCCUCCUUCUCGGCGGGGACAACGACGAACUCCCCGAGGGGUGGGGCGGUGGCGGGGAUGCGUUCGCAGACGGCGAUGAUGGCGAUGGCAGCGGCGGGGGUGCGAGCGACGUGGACAUGCAGGUGACGUUUGCGCCUGCGCUCAGCGGGGGCGCGGAUAAGGGCGACGAGAGCACGCUGGAUAGGUAUCAGCGCAAGAUGCGGGAGAAGCGGAAGAAGAGGAAGGAGGAGAGGGCGGAGAAGGGGGCGGGGGUUGAUGGUGGUGAGGAGGGUAGGGGUGAGAAGAGAGGGAAGGGGGUGGGAGGGGACGGGGGUGCGGGAGGGCUGGGCGAGGAGGACGAGUUCUUUGGCGUGUCUGGGUCGGAGGACGAUGAUGUGCUCGGGCGGUCAACGUUCGAGGAGGAAGAGGAAAUGCGUCCCAAGUCGAAGCCGAAGAAAGGACCCAAAUCCAAGUCCUCCGACCAAGUCAAGACCAACACAACCCGCCAAGAAGCAACCGCCGACGAGCUCGCGCUCCUCGCCGCAUCGGACGCGGCGGGCGGCGGCCCCGGGCACUUUGACAUGAAGGCGAUCCUCAAAGCCGAAAAAGCCAAGGGCCGGAAUCGCAAGGACAGGAAGCUGAAGAAUAAGAAGAACAAGAAGGGAGGAGCGGAGGAGGACGAUGGUAAUGAAAACGAGCUGCAGGAGACGUUUGCGAUCGACGUCAAGGACGAGCGGUUCAAGGCUGUCCACGAGGAUCAUCAUUUUGCGAUUGAUCCUAGUAAUCCUCGGUACAAAAAGACGAAGAGCAUGGGCGCGCUCCUCGACGAGCGGUCGAAGCGUUACAAGGACAAGGGCAGGGAUGGCCGCAAGAAUGCGUCUUCUGAGGCACCGCAAGAAGCGACCAUCGGUUCUUCGAUAAGUGGAGGCGGCAAGGAACGGGACCUGAAGAGUCUAGUGGAGAGCGUGAAGCGCAAGAGCGCGGCUGCGACCGCGGGGCAGGGCGGCGGGAUGGGUAAACGCCGCAGGCUGGACUAGGAAGCGCAAGGCCCGCUCUUGCUGUUGGACGUUGGACGGUGAUCGGCGAUGUGGAUGGACGGUCAUUGAUGCAGAUGUAUCGUAGGUUCAUCAGACUUGUUCGUUCGAACCCCCUUUCAAUCUUUGCGUAUGCCGUUGGUGGGCCUUUUGUGGCUAUAUUAACGUUGACUUGGUUGUUUGAAGCG